UAUCGUCAGCAGCCCUCAGUAACAGCUCUCAACCAGUCACUGGGCUCUGCACAUCAUCCUGGUCAGUUGCUGAAUUCCACGCGGCAACUAACUCCUCCUACUGAAAGCCCGGCUCCUGUGGCCGGCCAAUCACCUGCCGAGCUGCAGACCACAUCCCCAGAGAGCGUCCCGCUGCAAGACAGCUGGGUGCUGGGUAGCAAUGUGCCUCUGGAAACAAGGCACUUUCUUUUUAAGACAGGUACAGGUACCACGCCCCUCUUCUCCACAGCAACACCUGGCUACACUAUGGCGACAGGCUCAGUGUACUCCCCUCCUACUAGACCUUUGCCAAGAAACACCUUGUCCCGCUCUGCCUUCAAGUUUAAAAAAUCCUCCAAAUAUUGCUCAUGGAGGUGUACAGCACUCAGUGCCGUUGGACUGUCUGUACUGCUCUCGAUCUUGCUGUGUUACUGCAUAGCAAUGCACCUGUUUGGUCUGAACUGGCAGCUCCAGGAGAGUGAGGGAUAUGGAGCGUUUGAAAAUGAAGGAGUGGGAAGAGAUACAACUCCCAACACCUUCAUGAUAUCCACAGACAAUGGUAAAAUCCUCCUAGAAAAUAAUACAAUAGACACGGGAGAAGUGGAUGUGGGCAGAAGAGCAAUUCAAGAUGUCCCUCCAGGUGUGUUUUGGCGGUCACAGCUUUACAUUGACCAACCACAGUUCCUGAAAUUUAACAUCUCAGUGCAGAAAGAUGCUCUUGUUGGAGUGUAUGGACGGAAAGGAUUACCACCUUCACACACACAGUAUGACUUUGUGGAGCUGCUUGAUGGAAGUCGACUAAUUUCCAAAGACAAGCGAUCCUUGAGUGACACAGAAACGACACUCAUAAACUCACUUGGAAGUUUUGAAAGGGACCCUGGAGGAGAGAUCCGUCACAGACGAUCAGUUUACACACACGAGGCUGGCUUCAUCCAGUACCUGGACACAGGCAUUUGGCAUCUGGCAUUUUACAAUGACGGGCGCAAUAUAGAACAAGUGUCUUACAAUACUAUCUUCAUCGAGUCGAUUAUGGAGUGUCCCCAGAAUUGUCAUGGAAACGGAGAUUGUCUCUCAGGAAUAUGCCAUUGUUUUCCAGGAUUUCUGGGGCCUUACUGCUCUCGAGCAUCCUGUCCUGUGCUGUGCAGUGGAAAUGGCCAGUAUUCCCGUGGACGCUGCCAGUGCUAUAGCGGGUGGAAAGGCACGGAGUGUGAUGUGCCCUACAACCAAUGUAUUGACAUCCAUUGUGGAGGACAUGGCAUUUGCAUUAUGGGCGCCUGCAUCUGCAAUACUGGUUAUCAAGGAGACAAUUGUGAAGAAGUGGAUUGCAUAGAUCCUAGUUGUUCAGCUCACGGGGUAUGUAUUCAUGGUGAGUGUCACUGUCAGCCAGGCUGGGGUGGAGCCAGCUGUGAAAUUGCCAAGGCUAUGUGUCCGGACCAGUGUUCAGGUCAUGGCACAUAUAACACAGAAACCAGCACCUGUACCUGUGACCAGAAUUGGACUGGGCCAGAUUGCUCAUUGGAGGUGUGUGAAGUGGACUGUGGAAGUCAUGGUAUUUGUUACGGUGGUCUGUGUCGGUGCGAGGAGGGAUGGACUGGAACCGUAUGUGAUCAGAAGGCCUGUCACCCACUGUGUAGCAAAAACGGUGUGUGUAAGGAGGGGAAGUGUGAGUGUGACCAGGGCUGGACUGGAGAGCACUGUAAUAUUGAGGGUUGUCCAGGUCUCUGCAACAACAAUGGGAGAUGCACUCUAGAGGCCAGUGGCUGGCACUGCAUCUGUCAGUCAGGAUGGAGAGGAGCAGGAUGUCAUGUAGCCAUGGAAACCCUUUGUACUGAUGGCAAAGACAAUGAAGGAGAUGGCUUGACUGAUUGUAUGGAUCCAGACUGCUGUCUGCAGCCCUCCUGUCAGAACCAGUUGUAUUGCAAAGGAUCACCUGACCCAGUGGAAGUCCUUGUCCAGUUCUCCUCUUCACUGGCACCUCAGCAGACUGCCAGGUCUUUCUACCAGCGCAUCCACUUCCUCCUUGGUCCUGAGUCCACUCAUGUCAUAUCCAGUGACAGUCCAUUCAAUAAAAGUUUGGUGUCAAUAAUCCGGGGUCAGGUUUUGACAGCUGAUGGAACACCCCUGAUUGGAGUCAAUGUGUCAUUCGUCCACUACCCUGAACAUGGAUACACUGUUACACGGAACGAUGGCAUGUUCGAUUUACUGGUCAAUGGUGGAGCAUCCCUGACAUUAAGUUUCGAACGUGCUCCGUUCUUGACCCAGUAUCGAACUGUGUGGGUGCCUUGGAAAGUAUUCUAUGUGAUGGACACUCUGGCCAUGAAGAAGGAGGAGAAUGACAUUCCCAGCUGUGACCUGAGUGGUUUUGUCAGACCCAGUCCUGUCAUUGUCGCACGCCCACUGUCAAUGUUCUACAGAAGUUCACCUGAGGAUGGCCCCAUCAUACCAGAAACCCAGGUUUUACAAGAAGAAACCGCAAUCCCUGGCAGUCAUCUCAACCUGAUCUACCUAAGUUCAAGAGCUGCAGGUUAUAAGCCAGUCGUCAAAGUCACCAUGACACAGUCAUCUAUACCUUUUAACCUGAUGAAGGUUCAUUUGAUGGUGGCUGUGGUGGGACGUCUCUUCCAAAAAUGGUUCCCAGCUCAGCCAAAUCUUUCUUACACCUUCAUUUGGGACAAGACAGAUGCUUAUGGCCAACGUGUUUAUGGACUAUCAGAGGGAGUUGUGUCGGUGGGGUUUGAAUAUGAGUCUUGCCUGGACCUGAUCCUGUGGGAGAAAAGAACGGCCAUUUUACAAGGCUACGAGAUGGAUGCUUCCAACGUUGGAGGAUGGACUCUCGAUAAACAUCACAUUUUGGAUGUACAAAACGGUAUCCUGUACAAAGGCAAUGGUGAGAACAUAUUUGUUUCCCAGCAACCUCCAGUCAUUAGCAGCAUUAUGGGAAAUGGACGCCGCCGUAGCAUUUCUUGCCCGAGCUGCAAUGGGCAAGCAGAGGGUAAUAAGCUAUUGGCACCCCUUGCUUUGGCAUGUGGAGCUGAUGGCAGUGUGUAUGUUGGAGACUUCAACUACAUCAGGAGGAUCUUCCCCUCUGGAAAUGUUACCAGUGUGAUGGAGCUCAGCAACAACCCUGCCCAUAGGUAUUAUUUGGCUACUGAUCCAGUGACAGGACAGCUUUAUGUCUCAGACACCAACUCAAGACGACUCUACAGACCAAAGAACCUCAGUGGUGCCCGGGACCUUAUCAGUAAUGGGGAGGUUGUGGCUGGUACUGGUGAACAAUGUCCGCCAUUUGAUGAAGCACGGUGUGGAGACGGAAGAAUGGCUACAGAAGCUCAGUUACUGGGACCUAAAGGGAUUGCAGUUGACAAAAAUGGUUUAAUUUACUUUGUGGAUGGGACGAUGAUCAGAAAAGUGGAUCGCAAUGGGAUCAUCUCCACAGUGUUGGGAAGCAAUGACUUGACUUCUGCACGACCUCUGACCUGUGAUACCAGCAUGCACAUAAGACAGGUUCGUUUGGAAUGGCCCACUGAUCUAGCAAUCAGUCCCAUGGACAACUCCAUCUAUGUUUUGGACAACAAUGUUGUGUUGCAAAUCACUGAAGAUAGACAGGUUCGUAUCGUGGCAGGCCGUCCCAUGCACUGCCAAGUACCUGGUAUUGAAUACACUAUGGGAAAAAAAGCUGUUCAGACCAUGCUAGAGGGAGCAACAGCCAUUUCCUUGUCCUACAAUGGCAUUCUGUACAUCACAGAGACAGACGAGAAAAAAAUCCAUCGCAUUCGACAGGUCUCAACUGAUGGAGAAAUUACCUAUGUUGCCGGAGCACCAUCUGAUUGUGACUGCAAGAAUGAUGCCAACUGUGACUGUUACCAAACAGGAGAUGGUUAUGCAAAAGACGCACGACUUAAUUGUCCUUCCUCUUUGGCGGUAUCCCCGGAUGGGACUCUGUACGUGGCCGAUCUAGGAAAUAUUCGCAUUCGAGCAAUCCGGCGGAACCAACCACUUACUGGCUCUUUAGCAUCUGGUCCCAGCUAUUAUGAAGUGGCCUCUCCAGCCUCCCAGGAGCUCUAUGUGUUUGACUUGAAUGGAACGCACCAAUUCACACUAUCCCUCGUCACUGGAGACUAUAAAUACAAUUUUAGCUACAGCAAUGAGGAGGAUUUAACAGCAGUGACUGACAGCAGCGGUAACACACUCCGUAUACGUAGAGAUACCAACAGGAUGCCUGUACGUGUGGUUGCGCCAGACAAUCAGGUCAUCUGGCUGACCAUUGGAACAAAUGGGGGUCUGAAGUCUCUCACAGCCCAGGGUCAAGAGCUGGUCUUGUUUAGUUACCAUGGCAACAGUGGCUUACUGGCGACCAAAAGCAUCCAAAUUGGAUGGACUACUUUCUAUGAUUAUGACAGUGAGGGUCGUUUGACUAAUGUAACCUUCCCCACUGGCAUGGUUACCAAUCUCCACGGCGACAUGUCAUCAGGGGCAGUUGCUGUGGAUAUUGAGACGUCAGGGAGGGACGAGGAUGUUUCCAUAACGACCAACCUGUCAUCUAUCGACUCAUUCUAUACUCUGGUGCAGGACCAGCUUCGAAACAGCUACCAAGUGGGUAAUGAUCAUUCUCUUAGAGUCAUCUAUGCCAAUGGGCUGGAUACACAUUAUCAGACUGAGCCUCAUAUUCUGGCAGGUGCCGCCAACCCAACUGUGGCGCGACGCAACAUGACACUUCCAGGAGAGAAUGGCCAAAAUCUGGUGGAGUGGAGGUUUAGGAAGGAACAGACUCGAGGAAAAAUCAUUGUCUUUGGAAGGAAGCUCAGAGUGAAUGGAAGGAACCUAUUGUCUGUAGAUUACGAUCGCACUUUACGAACAGAGAAGAUUUAUGAUGAUCACCGGAAGUUCCUUCUGAAGAUCAUUUAUGACACCCAAGGGCAUCCGACACUCUGGGUUCCAAGCAGCAAGUUACUCGCUGUUAACCUGACAUACUCCAGUACUGGGCAGGUAACUGGCUUGCAAAGGGGUCCAACCACAGAGAAAUGGGAGUAUGACAGUCAAGGAAGGAUCAUUUCCAGAGUAUUUGCUGAUGGAAAGACAUGGAGCUACACCUAUUUAGAUAAGUCCAUGGUCUUACUGCUGCAUAGCCAGCACCAGUACAUUUUCGAUUAUGACUCAGGGGACCGCUUGUCAGCUGUUACCAUGCCAAGCGUGGCUCGACACACCAUGCAGACCAUCAGAUCCAUUGGCUACUACAGAAAUAUCUACACUCCACCUGAGAGCAACGCCUCAGUUACUGUGGACUAUUCUGAAGAUGGACAGCUCCUUAGAGUUGCCCAUCUUGGAACUGGACGGCGUAUAUUAUACAAAUAUCGCAGACAGAACAAGAUGGCAGAGAUUCUGUAUGAUUCAACUCGCGUCAGUUUUACAUAUGAUGAGACGGCAGGUGUGCUGAAGACGGUCAACUUGCAGACUGAAGGGUUUAUAUGUUCCAUACGUUACCGCCAAAUUGGCCCACUGGUUGACCGGCAAAUAUUCCGCUUCAGUGAGGAUGGGAUGGUGAAUGCACGUUUUGACUACACCUACGACAACAGUUUCAGAGUCACCAGCAUGCAGGCUGUAAUCAAUGAAACACCACUGCCAAUCGAUCUCUAUCAAUUUGAUGACAUAUCAGGAAAAGUGGAGCAAUUCGGAAAGUUUGGAGUCAUCUAUUAUGACAUCAACCAGAUAAUCUCCACAGCAGUUAUGACCUACACCAAACAUUUUGAUCAGCAUGGUCGCAUCAAGGAGAUCCAGUAUGAGAUCUUCAGAUCUCUGAUGUACUGGAUCACCAUUCAGUAUGACAACAUGGGACGAGUCACUAAGCGUGAGAUUAAGAUUGGACCAUUUGCCAACACAACCAAAUAUGGAUAUGAAUAUGAUGUUGAUGGACAGUUGCAGACAGUCUCACUCAAUGAAAAAAUGAUGUGGAGGUAUAAUUAUGACCUAAAUGGGAAUUUACAUCUGUUGAAUCCGGGAAACAGUGGUCGGUUGACACCUCUUCGUUACGACCUCAGAGAUCGAAUCACUCGUCUGGGUGAUGUUCAGUACAAAUUGGAUGAUGAUGGUUUUCUAAGACAGAGAGGGGCAGAAAUAUUUGAAUAUAACUCCAAAGGUAUUCUUGUUCGGGUCUACAGUAAAGCCGGUAGUUGGACCAUCCAGUACCGUUAUGAUGGUCUGGGUAGGCGAGUGGCAGCAAGGAACAGUCUAGGACAACAUCUGCAGUUUUUCUAUGCUGACCUGAACUACCCCACCAGGAUCACACAUGUUUAUAACCACUCGAGCUCUGAAAUCACCUCCUUUUACUACGACUUGCAGGGUCAUGUUUUUGCUAUGGAAAUCAGCAGUGGAGAAGAGUUUUAUAUUGCAUGUGACAACACUGGCACUCCACUGGCUGUCUUCAGCAACAAUGGACUCUUACUUAAACAGGUGCAGUACACGGCGUACGGCGAGAUUUAUUUUGAUUCAAACCCAGACUUUGUGCUGGUAAUUGGUUUCCACGGAGGCUUGUAUGAUCCUCUGACACGUUUGCUACAUUUCGGAGACAGAGACUAUGACAUUCCCGCCGGGAGGUGGACAACCCCUGAUGUCAGCGCAUGGACCAGAGUUGGUAAAGACCCUCAGCCUUUCAAUCUUUACAUGUUCCAAGGCAACAACCCCAUCAGCAAAAUUCAUCAAGUCAAAGAAUAUGUCACAGAUAUCAACAUCUGGUUGGUCACAUUUGGAUUCCAUCUUCACAACGCAAUUCCAGGAUUCCCCAUUCCAAAAUUUGACUUGACACAGCCAUCGUUGGAAAUGAAAAAAAGUCAGCUGUGGGAUGACCUACCUUCUAUCUCAGGCAUCCAGCAGGAGGUGACACGUGAGACUCGUGCCUUUCUGUCUUUUGAGCGGAUGCCAGAAAUCCAGCUGAGUCGACGCCAUACGGCCUACACUAAACCGUGGCUCUGGUUUGCGACAAUCAAGUCUCUCAUUGGGAAAGGAGUGAUGCUUGCCGUCAUCCAAGGCCGCGUGGUGACCAGUGCUCUCAACAUUGCCAACGAGGACUGCAUCAAAGUUGCCGCAGUCCUAAACAAUGCAUUUUACCUGGAGGAUCUGCAUUUUACUGUGGAAGGACGGGACACCCACUACUUCAUCAAGACAAGCCUGCCCGAGAGUGAUCUUGGCGCACUUCGGCUCACUUCGGGACGUAAAUCACUAGAAAAUGGCGUGAAUGUGACCGUGUCACAGUCUACAACGGUGAUGAAUGGCCGAACACGGCGCUUUGCUGAUGUGGAGCUGCAGUAUGGGGCCCUGGCACUCCACGUACGUUAUGGAACAACGCUGGACGAGGAGAAGGCACGUGUCCUGGAGCACGCCAGGCAGAGGGCCUUGACAAGCGCCUGGACCCGUGAACAGCAGCGCGUCAGAGAUGGCGAGGAGGGAGUUCGGCUGUGGACAGAGGGAGAGAAACGGCAGCUGCUGAGUGGUGGGAAGGUUUUGGGUUAUGACGGGUAUUACGCCUUGUCCAUAGAGCAGUACCCUGAGCUAGCUGACAGUGCCAACAACAUCCAGUUCUUGCGUCAGAGUGAAAUAGGGAGGAGGUAACAGGGCAUUAGCUUUAUUUCUACAC